GCAGCCAGCGGUAUUUCCGGGUGUGGUAGCAUUACGGGUUUUCUAAAGGACUAUGCAGGGGCUAAACUUCCUCUCUUUACAGGUUCAGCCGGUGCAGCAACAUGCCUCCCAAGGAUGACAAGAAAAAGAAGGAUCCAGGCAAGGCCAAAAAGGACAAGGACCCAGUCAACAAGUCUGGUGGCAAAGCAAAGAAAAAGAAGUGGUCCAAAGGGAAGGUGAGGGACAAGCUGAACAACCUGGUGCUCUUUGACAAGGCCACCUACGACAAGCUGUACAAGGAGGUGCCCAACUACAAGCUGAUCACGCCAGCCGUGGUCUCGGAGAGGCUGAAAAUUCGUGGCUCCCUGGCCAGAGCUGCACUCCAGGAGCUGCUUAGCAAAGGCCUGAUCAAGCUGGUGUCAAAACACAAAGCACAGAUCAUCUAUACACGGAACACCAAAGGGGGCGAGGAGGCUCCUCCUGAGAAGGAGGCCUAGGAGGUUCUCAUUCAGCAGAAGACCUGGCUUUGUACAAUGUUAAGUAAAAGCUAUAAAUACAAGUA